AUGGAAAGUACUACUAGUGUCGUCAGUACCCCGCAGUGGAAAAAAGAUUUAAUUGCCAGACUGAGAAAUCAAAAUAAAGCAUCGUUUGGCAGCAGCAGCAAAGAUCAUCACUCUACCCCCCAUCACUCUUCGGCUCAUCGAACGGUACAUCAACCUAUCCUAACCUCCAAGAGUGAAUCAGUAGCGUCUGAUAUUUCGCCGCGGUCGAGUGGUACUGAUGCAUCGGAACAACCGUGUAAUGUGAGUCCGAAAAUGGUGCAAGAACGAGUUUGGGUCGACAACAAGCCCGACCAUUUCGCCGAAAUGGUAGCUAAUAAUGGGUAUCACAAGGAGAGCGACUCUGAUUCGUCGGAAGAAUUGCAUUACGGCCCCGGUAUAGUGAAAAAAUUAAAAAAUAAAUACCUUAGUUUAGCCCUUCGGGAAAGCAAUCAUCGUCCUUCAAUAUUGAGAAAAGCCACAUCAUUAGAAAAUCUACUGGAUGAUGAUGAACCGGAAACUAAACAUUCCUCAGAUAAGUAUGAAUCACGAUUUAAUGGUGUUAGUGCCACUAGAAAUGUACCCAAUCGUUAUAGAAAUUCCAACCGGCAUCAUGAGAUGAAAAGGGCCAGGUCUGUAGAAACUAUUUCACGUUUAGACAAUCAAACAAAUAAUGUGGUUUCAAAUCGACAAUCUUUACAUGAAGAAACGCUUAUCGCGGUUCAAAAGGAAGGAAAUGACUACCCAUACAGGAAAAUACCAGAUAACACUGAUAUCCAAUCAGAAAAUAAAUUCAGUCAGAGAAUAAACAGACCUAAAAGAUUGCAACCUAUAAUGAAUGAAAAAGAAAAACCUCCUGUAGAUUUUGUGAAACAAGCAAAAAUGAUUUUUGAAAGAAGACCUGAACAACGUACUAGAGCACCUCCGCAAACUGGUGAUGUAGCUGCUAAAGUUGAUAGUUUUAAUAAUAUAAUUGUGAAAGCAAAAGUAGAAGCAAAAGCAACAAGAAAACCUCAAGUGAAGGCCCCGAAACCAGCACCUAAUGACAAAAAAGUGAUUGCACCACGUUCUCCAACAAAAACUGUGACUAAAUCAGAAGAAAAAAAGCAGGUGAAACAUUUAGAGCUCAACAAAGUGCCCAAAACUGAUUUAUCAUUGCUCAGUCCAAUUCCGGAUAUAUCAAGAAUAAUUCCUACUGAAACAGAACGAGGUAAGCCAUCUUCAAAUUUAUCAGAAACUCCAGACCUAAUACUUACAUCUAGUCCUUUAUCUUCAAUACCUCCACCAAUAUUUAAAAAACCUGAAAAAUUAAAUAAUGAAGAACAUCACAGUCCCAAGAGGGUUAUAAGUCCGUUAGUAAGUCCCAGCAGAGUAAAACCAACAAGUCCAUUAUUUAGCCCAAGUGACAGCUGGUCACCAAGCUCAAACAUGAGUCCUACACAAUUUAGACCUACUACUUUAAAUUAUGAUGAUGAUUCUGAUUCAUCGGGCUACAAAAAAGUAUCUCCUACAAGUAUUAAUAAUAUUUCUAAAGAUAGUGGUACAUCUGUUGUUUAUAAAGAAUUAAGUCAAAAUCACCUUCCCCUCAACAAAAAUGUUUCUGAAACAAAAGUUCCACCUUCAGAGCCUCUCAAGAUCGAAGUGAAUGGUCAUACAGAUUCAAAAAUUGACACAGGAGCUAAACUUUUACAAACUCAGAGACCACGUUCUCCGCCAAAGUUUACCCCUCCACCCCCACCUGUCAAUGUUGUCCCUGAGAAAAAAAUAGAGAAAAACUUAACUGUAACAGAAAUUGAGAAAAAUUCGAUCAAUACUGCAAAGAACAAGUCUAGUGGUAGUGAUAAAGGGAGUGUUGAAGUUGUAAAUAAAAAUGUAGUGCCAAAAAAACUGAGAGCCAAAGAACCAGUUUCAAAUACUACCAUUAUUGAUUUUACGAAAAAGAAUAGGGAUAUACCAGACUACAUAUCUAAUGAUAAAUCAAGGACUCCUAGCAGACCAGAAUUGCCCAAGGUGAGUUAUUUUUUAUUACUAGUUUUUUUUUUAUGA